AAAUAAAAAAAUAAAAACUUAUCUCUUAUUUGUUUAGUGACAUUAGUUGGUGUGCCUAUAAAUAGUGCUUCACCAGUUCCAGUUCAUAUUAGUACAUUGAUUCUUGAGCGGUAAUCUAAGGAAUGGCGUCAAAGGAAUCAGCAGUUGCUCAAGCUCUUCCUUUUCCUUUAGAUCUUCCCACAACAAGGUGGUGGACUAAGGACACAAUUGCAAUUGUGACAGGAGGCAAUAGAGGGAUUGGUUUUGCACUGGUAAAAAGGCUGGCUGAAUUAGGAUUAACUGUGGUUCUAACAGCAAGAGAUUCUUCAAAGGGAAAAGAAGCAGUUGAAGCCCUCAAAUCCAUUGGACUCAGUAAUAAUGUCCAUUUCUUUCCCCUUGAUGUUUCAAACCCUUCUUCCAUCACUAGAUUUGUAUCCUGGUUUGAAGCAAACUUCUCAGCUUUGGACAUUCUGAUAAACAAUGCGGGUGUAUCUUUCAAUGACAUUGAUGAGAACUCAGUGGAGUACGCAGAGAUAGUAAUUAGAACCAAUUUUUAUGGACCAAAACUACUGACGGAGGCUCUCUUGCCCAUCUUCCGCAGGUCAAGUUCCGUUGGUCGAAUUAUAAAUAUUAGCUCCAGACUUGGUCUACUAAAUAAACUUCAGAACCCAAGUCUACGAAAAAUGCUCAUGGACGAAAACAACUUGUCGGAAAUGCAAAUUGAGAAAAUUGUGACAUUAUUUCUGGAAGAUGUGAAGAAUGGGACGUGGAAAAAUGGAGGAUGGCCACACGUAUGGACAGAUUAUGCAGUUUCAAAGCUUGCCCUAAAUGCAUACUCAGUCGUGUUGGCCAAACGUUACAAAAAUUAUGGGAUAAGUGUUAAUUGUUACUGUCCCGGUUUUACUCAGACUUCAAUGACCAAAGGAAAAGGCAAAUAUACCACUGAUGAUGCUGCCAAAGUCGCUGUGAAUAUUGCUUUGUUACCACCUCAAAUUUUACCGACGGGUAGAUUUUUCACUGUUAGCAAUUCAUGUGGCACUUUUUCGAAGCUGUAAUAUAAUGAAGAGUGUGUUUAGAAUUAAUUGCGAUAAUUAAGGAUCGAUGCAAGAAGAAAUUAGUUUCCCUUAAUGGAUUAAGAAAAAAAUAUUUGCAUAGUGCAACAUCGAACUCAUGCCCUUUAUAUGCGUUUUUAUAUUUUUAGAGUAAUUAGCUACUUUUGAAACUUCAAAUUAUGUCAAUCUUAUGAUAGCUUGAUGGUGUUGGCACUUGUGAACACCAUACCAGGGGGAUGUUUGUGAUAUUCGCGGCUGUUUCCAUCCAUUUAUAUCAUAUUUUCAGAUUUCGUAUUCGUUAUGCAACUGCGUC